AUGCGCCUUUCACGGACCGUGCUCCCCCUUCUCGCCUCAGCUCUAUGCUCGACGGUGUCCGCAGCCUCAUCAUGGACAUUUGCAGACGGCUCGCUAAGCGUCACAAGUAAAGGCGCAGGCUCGAAAGAUGGGGGAGUCAAAGAAAAGCUCGUACCCUCUCAACAGCUCUCGAACGCCGUGUCAUUAGGCAGCACCGAUACCCUCAAGGUUACGUUGACCACACAGGAGGGCAAGACGGCGAAGAGACCGCACCAGGCUUUCCUCAUGCUGCAGGAUCAGGAGCGCAGACUCGAUGUUUCGUACCCGUUCAGUGUCAAGGAGAGCGGCAAGGCCGUGGUUUCACUGACCCAGCGCGACCUCCCCGCGCAGUUCCUCGCCGCAAACACAUCCCUCACCACGUCUAUAAUCGUUGCCUCCUUUGGCGCCUCUACUCCGGGUUACAAUCAACCAGCGUUCACACUGCACCCCAGUGCGUCCGAUCCAAGCACACCCUUCCCAGCGAUAGAGACGCCCCUCCGCUACGGCAAACUCCCUGAGAUCCAUCACAUUUUCCGCUCCGACCCGAAGAGUCCCCCACUAAUCAUAUCAUUGGUCUUCCUGGGCGGCGUGCUCGCGACUCUACCUCUCCUAGCUGCAAUGUGGCUUUAUCUCGGCGCCAACAUAUCCGCUCUCCCUUCGGCCCUCUCCGCCUCACCCGUCAGCCAUACCUUGUUCGUCGGCUCGGUGGCGGGCAUCGAGUUCGUCUUCUUUCUCUACUAUACGAGUUGGAAUCUCUUCCAGACGCUCCCCAUGCUGAGCGCGUUGGGCGUGGUUGCCUUCCUCAGCGGGAGUAGGGCUCUCAGCGAAGUGCAGGAGCGAAGGCUGGGCGGGACGAGAUGA